AGCAAAGGAAAAAAUAAAAAAAAAGAAACAAGAAAUUUUUGUUAAAAAGUGUCAAAAUGUUUAAAUUUAAUUUGCAACAACUUUUAUUACUACAUUUCUGUAUAUCGACCGUGUGUCUGAACGUAGCCCUGGCCUGUCAUGGCGAAUUACUAGCGACUGGUAUUACAGAACAAGAAAAGCAAAUUAUAUUGCAGGAGCAUAACAGACUAAGGCAGCAGGUGGCCACUGGUCGUUAUCCUGGACAACCAGGAGCAGAGAAUAUGCGUGAAAUUGUUUGGGAUAAUGAAUUAGCUGAACGUGCACAAAAAUGGGCGGAGAAUUGUCAAUUCCGUCACGAUCCCCAUAGGACUCUAAAUCGUUUUACGAUGGGUCAAAAUUUGGCUAUAAUAUGGAGUACAGCUCCUUUAGAUCCUAACGAUGGCGAUUUUCCUUCACGUAUACAAAAUUGGUUCAAUGAAGUGCAAAAGUAUUCGUAUGGCGAUGCUUGGUCACCAAAAACUGGUCAUUAUUCGCAGUUGGUUUGGGGUGAAACUAAUUUAAUCGGUUGCGGUUUCGCUGAAUACAAAGAUGCCUCCAAGUACAAUAAGUUAUAUGUUUGCAAUUAUGGACCAGGUGGUAAUGUUGUCGGCUACAAUCCGUAUCAAGUUGGCAGACCUUCUUGUUCUGUCUAUGGGCUUAAGCAAUCAACACGUUAUCAAGGACUUUGUGCAGAUGAUAAUCUACCAGCGUAUGAUGAUAAUGUUAUUGAAACGUAUGAUUACAAGACCACUAAUCCAUUUAACAUACCCAACCUAACAAAGACAACAACAUUUAUUGCCCCUAAUACUAAUACAUUUUAUCAGACUUUUUCAAGUUUAAUCAAUAAUAAUAAUAAUAAUAAUAAUAAUCAUCCGCAAAAUGCCUUAUCCUCUCCUUACAAUCGGCAGGCGGCGUCCGUCUCCUCAUCAUCCUUUUACAAAUCCCCAGCUUUAUCUUCAUUAUCAUCACAAUUCCAACCAUCAUCAUCAUCGUCAAUCUCAACAUCAUACCACCACCAACAGCAUAGUACAAAACAAAAAAUCCAAAGGACAACUACAUCGAAAAAAAGUAACGGCCAGUACUCAUUCAGCACCCAGACCAAAACUAAUAUACAAACCGGGUAUAACAGCAGCAACAACAACAACAACAACGACAACAACAACGGUAAAUACCGGUAUAAAUACGAAAAUUAUAAGCAAUCGGGCGCAGCAGAAGAAUAUCAGAAAUCAGUUUUCAAGCCCACCUCACUACUCGCACCGUCUACAGCAGUAGAGCAAAAGCGGCCCACAUAUCAGCAAACUACAAAAAGUCCCACUAAAUCGGGCUGGAGUUUAUAUAACUGGACCGGUUAGAAUAUCUCCAAUGAU